UGCGCCAGAACUGAUCACCUGUCAAGGUAUAUAAAAGUAGCUAUAAGAAGUAUUUUACACUUUUUUAUUAAUUCCCUUUUCUUCAAGCAAUUGCAUCUAAACAUAAAAUUUAACAUGUUUGAAAGUUUGUUAGUACGACCGACAAAAGUGAUUAUAAAUCAUGAGGCACCGUCUGUGUACUGGGCGGGGUGGCGACAUGGCGGUGGUGCUCCUUGUUCCGUCAGCAUUCAGCACACAUUCAAAGAUGAUUUACCAAGUAAAUCGUUUACGUAAACCACACCACGUACACAACAUUAUAUAGUUAUUGAAAUUUAUUGUCCAUUAAAAUUUGUGAAAUAACAAGAAGUUAUUAUUGUGAUUUAAAUAAGUUAUGGUUGUAGAGGUUUUAUGGCGGCGAGAGUUGGCGCGCAUUGCCGCGGUUUGUCCCGCGGACAAUGAGUUCCGUGUCGAACUGCCUUCUACUGGCCGCCAUCAUAGAUCUUAUUUUCAUCAUUCCUUUUGCUGAUCCUGAAAUAUUAUUUAGCAAUAGGAAUGUGGCGAAAGACGCUCAAGACGUGAUCACCGAUCCGUUUCACAGAAAUGAAAUAAUAAACAAUUAUCUUAAAGCGGAUGAUGUGAAAACAUUAAAAAAAAUAAAAAUGAAGGCGCGCGCGUUGAGUCUAACUGUAAAGCCUCGAGUCAGCGAGUACGGUGCGCGCGGGCUGGAGGAGGAGCCCAGCGGAUUUCAACAGGACGCCAUCAUGAACCUGUACCGGCCCCCCUCGCCUCUCGCGCGCCGCCACAAGAAGGAGGCCGAGGACUACCUCAGCUCCAGCUCCAGCGUCGAGAUGCAGAACUGGAAGGAGGAGUGGAAGGACAUCUGGCUGGCCAAGAAGCUCGAAGCGCUCAACUCCUCCAUCCCCAAGGGCGACACCGUCAACAUGGCCGCCGCGAGGCCAUGGGGCGUGCCGUGCGGAGACCCCAACCAACACGACAUGCCGUGGGGCACGUGCAUGCUGCCGAUGGAGUGCGAGGCGGAGUACCGCAUCUACCGCGGCGACUUCUCCUGCGGCCGCACCACCUUCGUGUGUUGCGCUCUGCAGCUCUCCACCUACGACAUGUACGGCGGCUUCGACAUCUCCUUCCAGGAGUCCAGCCUCGAGACAGAUUCUGAGGAGAAACGGGUGCGGGAUGUCAACUCACGCGAGCGCCGCGAGCGCAAGAAGAAGCGGGAGAAACGAAAACGUAAGCGCGCCAGAGAUAAGAGAAAGCGCAAAAUCAAGAAGAACAUUCAGAACAUCAUAAAAGAGAUACGGAAAAUAUUGGACAGAGCGUACAAGAACGGAACCGCCAUGAGAAAGAAGAAGACGAAGCAGCUGAAGAGGUUCAUCAAGGAGCUGAAGAAGCAGUACCGCAAGGAUCGGCAGUCCGUCAAGGACAUCCACGAGAUGGAAAUUAUCAAGGUGGACGCCGCACUCAUGAAGAAGCUCAACCAGAUACGGGUGGUCAACAGGAAUUUUAUGCAGAAUGCCACCUUCCGGGACAUCAUCAUCAACGGCACCAUGACCAAGAAGCAGGCCCGCAUGCUGCUGGAGUCGUACCCCGACCUCGAGGGGUACAUGACGCGGCGCGCAGCCCCCGCCGGCUCGGCGCACGCCCCCGCCGACUACGACAUCGAGUAUGAAUACUUGUACUAUUAACAUGUAAUAUUAAAAUUCCUAUUGUUAAUGCCUUCGCUCAUUUGUGUUCGAGAAAGUACAAGUUUCUAAUAAUAAAUAUUC